AUGUAUAGAAGUAGCUACCUGCGGGAAGUGCGCAAGGAGAAGUAUGAGCGAUCUGAUGCCUAUGAUGAGCUCCGGGGCACCUCAGACUUCAGCAGCCUGGCCCAAGCCCAGGGCCUGGAGAACCUGCAGGAGCUCAACGAGAGGUUUGCCAACUACAUCAACCGGGCCCGGAUGUUGGAGCAGCGGAACACUAUCUUCCGUAAGCAGCUGGAGACCUUCCAGCGCAUGGAUGUGCUGGCCGGCUUGGAGGAGGCCUUUACUGAGCAGAUUGAGCUGAACCGCCUGCGCAUCCGUGAGCUGUCUGCCGACCGGGCCAAACUGGAGCGUGAGGACAAGGAUUCACAGCGCAUGCUUGAUGAAUACCGUAACAAGUACAGAAAUGAACGUGAAUAUCAGCAGAAGCUAAAAGAGACCCUUGAACGCCUUAAUAAGGAAGCAGAUGAAGCUUUGUUAUGUAAUCUGGAACUUCAGAUUGAAUCACAGUUCCUGCAGGAUGACAUUAAUGCCACAAAGGACAGGUACAAGAAGAAUAUCAUGGAAAUACAGACCUAUGUCAGCAUUUUACAACAGAUCAUCCAAAUGACCCCUAGUGUGACCACCAUUACAGCUGGAAUAAGUGAGGAAAGGCUGAUAGCAGAAAGGAGAAUUCCUAUCCUGCAGAGUCAGCUGGAAGAGUACAAGAGCAUUCUUUGUCAGCUGCAGACUCAGAAAUUGAAACUGCAGACUGAGACAACCAUGCUGGAACAAGCUAUUAAGAGCACUCAAGAGAGCUAUGAUGACGAGGUUCAGCUGUACAACGAGCAGAUUGAAGCCCUUAGGAAGGAAAUAGAGGAUGCUGAAAGAACCUUGGAGAAGUACACAAGUGACUGUCACCAGCUGGUGAUAUAUCAGCAGUCCCUGGAGAAUGAGCUGGAGCGGUAUAAACGUAUCAUUGAGAAUGAAGACAACCGGUUAAAUUCUGCCAUAAUUGGAACCCCAGUUGCACUCUUCACUCAGAGCUACAGACCGUGCCAGGUUACAACCUGGAGGAGGCGAGAUAUCACCCUGGUUAUGCAAGAGAUUGCAAGUGCGAAACCAAGACAAAAAGGUCUGGCAAAGAAAAUUUCUAGAAGAAAGGAGAUCACUUCCAAAGACCUAGAUGGGUUUUCACCUGAAAACAGCUAUGAAAGAACUCUGGAAGACUUUCAUCAGGAUCAGCUUCAAUUUAAACAUGAAAGCACAGUAAUAUGUGAACCUAAGCAGGAAGGAUUAGACCUAGAUGAGCAAGAAACGGUCCCAGAGGAUGUGCCUGAUGGAGCUCGGAUAAGUAAAGCUUUUGAUGAAUUGUGUAACACUGUAAGAGAGAAAAUUAGAUGCUACAAGAGACCCGAGCCUACCAAAGGGCGUUAUGUACUUGUCACAGGGGAAGCAAGCUAUGACCAUCCUUGCUUCUAUUCUUCCUCCACCCCGGCUGGAGGUGGGAUCAUUGUUUCCACUAGCAAUGGAAAGAUACCAAAUGGUGAGGAGGUGGAGCCAAUUCCAGAGCUGCCUGAACCCUCUGAACCAUCAGCAAAUGAGAAAGGGGAAGUCCAUGAAAUGCAAUAUGAGCUUGAAGAGAGAGAAGAAAUAAAUGAACAGGGCAGAAAGUCAGAAGAAAAAGCCGAAGAGCCUUCAAAGCAGCCAGACAUCACUGAGCCUGAGGCAGCACCUCCAGCUGCUGUAGCCAGCCCUUCAGAGCCAGACGUAUUUGAAGAGACAGAAUAUGACAAAGAAGACCAACGAGAAGGCCAAGCAUUCAGAGAACCAGGCUUACCCAGUUCCAUGAGCUAUGAGAAGGUGGAAGUAGUGGAAUCCAUUGAGAAGUUUUCAGAUGACAGAAUUCAGACUUACGAAGAGACAGCUAUGAUUGUGGAGACAACGAUUGAGAAGACAAGCAAGAAGAAGCUAGGAGACGAAGGCUCUUAAGUUACAUCGUUUGAUAAGCAACUUGUCUGGCAUAGUUAUUAAAUGACGUAAUUAUUUUUUCCCUGACACAGUGCUAACAUAGUGAGACUUUUGCUGUUUGAUAUAAAACAUUGCUAUAUUAAUGGCAAUUCUGUCUGGUGUAGGUUUACCUUUAAUGUAAUAAUCAUUAAAAUGUACUUGGGCAACUAGUAGCAGGUUCAUUUACAAAACGCUUUUUGUGAUUAAGACAAGUAAUUAUUAAGAAGUUGCUUGUCUAAACCACACCUAAGUAAUAUGCGCCCAAUAGAAAUUGGCCCCUUGCCGUUUAUAUUCCUCUAAUGAUGCUUUAGCUGCCAUUAGUUUCCAAUUUUCAGACAGCUGCAAAUGUUAGCUUGUGACAUCUGGUUCAUUGAAUAAAAGCUUUGCAUCCUAAAGAACAUAGUCACAGUGGGUGUGUGUUACCUUUAACAUCAAACAGUAGCAUUAACCAAGCUAGUAUUAACCAAUUAACAAACUGACUGACAUGAUGUUUUCGA